GAGAAAUGUAUGCCAUUAUUGGGCUACGCGCUUGAUAAUACCGUCACUUGCUUCUGUCGAAAACUAUUACAUUCCUAAAAAAGCACAAUUUAUUUUACAUCGCGCUGCCUUACCGUUUGUUGUCGGCUCACUCUGUCCCUCAUUUCGAGUCUAGCCGAGUCUCUCUGACGCAGGUGCUCACGCGAAGCUCGGCCCACUUGUAAACGUCAUUGGGCAGGAAAGAAAGUUCCUAACAGCCUAUCUACCCCAGCAAAAUCAUCUGGAGGUAACCGUCGCGCCAAAGCAAAAAAAAAAAAAAAAGGAAGUUCAAAAAAGGCACAUAGAUGCACGUAACCACAACCCCGACAAGCGCCCGGCAAUUACUGGCCAACUCUCCGUCUUAAGUCGCCAUGGAUAUCUACGGCGUCAAAAAGACGUGCAAUGGCGACGCGGCAGUAGAACCCGGCGCGAGGGAUAUUGAGGUGCAGGCUGCCAUCUCAAUCUCACUGGGUGUAUCAGCCUUUAUCGCCUUUUGCUUUCUUCGAAGCAGGUGGAAAAGUCUCUACGCUGCACGCAAAUGCCAUCUCGAGCCUCACAUCGGUCUCCCGCCGCUGCCCGACUCCUUUUUCGGAUGGAUACCUGUUCUACAUGGGAUUGAUGAGCAACUGGUGCUGGAUGCUGGUGGACUGGACGCAUAUGUGUUCCUAUCGUUCUUCCGAAUGUCCAUGCGAAUCUUUACCGUCCUGCUCUGUUUCGCGGCCGUCAUUCUAGCACCAAUCCACGUCAUCUACGAAGCAGACAAGGAUAGAGAUAAAUCAGACAAACACGACGGAGAUGAAGAUGACAACUGGAUCCCUGGCAAGGCCUACCUCUGGGCGUACCUGGUAUUCACGUACUUCUUCACCUACCUCGUCAUCCGAUUCCUCAGGUCUGAAACCGUCAAGAUACUCGCUGUCCGCCAGAAGUACCUAGGCAGUCAGUCCACUAUUACGGACCGCACCUUCCGGCUCACUGAAAUCCCUUUCAAAUAUCGUACUUCGAAAAAGGUCAAGGAACUGGUGGAAUCGCUGCAUAUCGGUCAUGUCAGAAGCGUCAAGCUUUGUCGGAAGUGGGAACCUCUCGAUAGGCUCAUGAAGCAGAGAGAGCCCUUACUGCGGAAGCUCGAGUCGGCUUGGGCAAAGUUCCUGGAGCAGUCUCCUCACGAGUCCCCGGAACACAGAGUCCACCAACAUGGCGCCAGCGGCUCCAGUGAUAAUCAGAAUGGCUACGACCCCGAGGCAGCUAUGGUUGUCGGAAACAAUGUCGAAAACAGCCCCUUGCUUGGCGAGAAUUCCGGUGCCCAUCAGUACACGGAGCGCGAGGGGCGCCCGUUGGUCCGCCUCUGGUUUGGCUGGCUCGGACUCCAAACUCGCAAGGUCGACGCCAUCGACUAUUACGAAGAGAAACUCAGGAAACUUGACGAAGAGAUCAGGAAGGCCCGCAAAGAGUUCUACAUUCCUACUGACAUCGCUUUUGUGACCAUGGACUCGGUCGAUGCCUGUCAGAUGGCCAUUCAGACCCUCAUUGACCCGAGACCCGGUCGCCUACUCACUAAGCCGGCGCCGGCGCCUAGGGAUGUUGUUUGGCGCAACACAUAUGCAUCCAGGACGUCACGCAGGUAUCACUCAUGGACAAUCACAUUCUUCAUUGCAACUCUCUCCAUAUUCUGGUUGAUCCCUGUCGGAUCGAUCGCCUCUCUUCUCAGCCUCUGCACCGUUAAUGAAUGGUGGCCUGAGCUGUCCGAAUGGCUUGCGCAGCAUAAGAACAUCAAGGCACUUGUUCAGACUGGACUUCCUACCCUCGUCGUGUCCAUACUCAACGUUUCAGUCCCUUAUCUCUACGAGUGGCUUUCUCACAAGCAGGGUCUCGUGAGUCGAGAUGAUGUUGAGCUCUCUAUCAUAUCCAAGAACUUCUUCUUCAACUUCUUCAACAUUUUUGUCGUAUUCACUUCAUUCGGCACAGCCACAAACAUUUGGGAUGCCCUGCAAAAGGACAUGCGUGACAUCACUAGGUUCACGACGGAACUAGCCCAGGGUAUCGAGUCCUUGAGCAACUUUUACAUCAACUUUAUUAUGCUUCAGGGUUUCGGCCUUUUCCCCUUUCGUCUCCUCGAGUUUGGGUCGAUUUUCACAUACCCAUGGUACAGGUGGUUUGCCCGCACACCUCGCGAGCGUGCUGAGCUCGACAAGCCUCCUAUCUUCAGCUACGGAUUUUAUUUGCCGACGGGGCUGCUCGUAUUUAUCCUCUGCAUCGUAUACAGCGUGUUGCCGAGGGGCUACUUGGUUCUGCUGCUAGGUCUUGUCUACUUCACCCUCGGCUACUACACGUACAAGUAUCAGCUUUUGUAUGCCAUGGAGGCCCCGACGCAUGCGACCGGCGGCAUGUGGCGCAUUAUCACGCACCGCAUUAUUUUCGGCCUAAUAGUCUUCCAGCUUGUCAUGACGGGUAUCCUGGCGUUACGAACCGCGUUCGUCGCAGCGCUGUUCAUUAUACCGCUGAUCAUGAUGACCUGCUCGUAUAGCUACCAUUUCCGGCAUGUCUUUGAGCCGCUGACGAAGUAUAUUUCGCUGCGAAGCCUGCCCCAUCCGGUGCGCAGGCCUGACGGAUCUCUCGAGACCGAGGAGAGCCCGUUCGAUCCAGACAAUGAGGUGGACCCAGAGGAGAUCGACGAGACCAUCAGACUUGUUCGUAGGAGGAGCACUGUUGACGAGGAUCGUGAAAAGGGGUUGCGGUUUGUCAAUCCAAGCAUGGCUAUCCCACUUGAGCAGCCUUGGAUCUAUCACGACCCGCCACCCGUCACUGCCGAGCCUGGCCUGCCCGAUCAAGAGUCGGAUUACGAUGGCGAGGACGACUUUCUGAGGUUCCACAUGGAGAGAGAGGCGCGCCGGUGGCGGCCGUUCCGAGAGAGAGCGCCUAGUGAGUCGAGCGAUCUUGGCCUUCGACCCGUGCACAACUGAAGAAACGCCGAUCGAUUCGACAUGACUCUCGAUUGGUGAAGGAAGUUGAAUACAGCUCGACCGACAUAUAAGCAAGCACAUAAUAAUCAUGGAUGGAUUUUCGUGCGGGCAUUUUGUCCCUCAUUUGUUCAUUAUUAAUUUCCUGUUCUUUGACCUCAAAGAUAUGCAGGUCAUGCAUGCAUCGCAUGAUAAACCCGCAUCGGCAAAGGCGUUUGGCGGUACGGAACAUGUUUUCCUUUUUGCACUUAUUUACAACGCACAAAGACACUAGCAUGGCACGGAGUUCAAGGGAUCGUACGAUUUGUUAUUCAGUCUACUUGGGGGAGCUUUCUUUUGUUUCUCAAUCUCUCCUGCUUUCUAUCUCAAACAGAUCUGCAAGGCUUCCAAGCCGGAACCUUGGUGCUUGAUGGCGGAAGAAGCCGACUGAAGGGGGACAACGUGCAGAUCUACACCAAUUGUUUCUUUCGAAGACAAAUAGUCGCGGAUCACCAUAACCUCAUAGGUCUCGACCUUCUUGGCGAUAAGGCAUUGCGGAUCGCACUAGGGUUUCUUUUGCACUUUUGCAUUUACAUUUCGGGGGAAAACCAACAAAGUUUUUCUACCCCUUAAUUGCAAACAAGUGUGUCGCACAGACCAAAGAUGAAGUGCACGACCUUUGGUCUUAAUAAUCAUUGUAAAAAAAAAUAAAAAUAAAAAAAAGUCGGGUCAUAUACACAGAUGGAUAGAAGACACAUCUGUGUAGUAGAAAUGGAUUCGUCACAAGCUGCAUAGUAG